UCAAUCAAAGCAAGUUCUUCACUUUGCUUUCCAUAUUCUGCCAGGGCAUGUUCGGGGCAAUGUUCCAAUGGAUUAUUAUUAUUAUAUUAUUAUUAUAUAUAAUCUCUGGACUCGAACUGCUGACCUUUCCGUCAGCAGCUCAGUGGUUUAACGUGGAGGAGUAAUAAUGUAAAAAUAAUAAUAUAAUAAUAUAAAAUAAUAUACAGUAACAAUAAUAUAAAACUUUGGAGGAGACUCCGGCCAACGGGUCCGUCCCGGAGGAGACUUCUCUCCAAACUUCCUCUGUCGAUGGGGAAAAAAAUUGCCUUAAUUGCUAAUUGUGGUGCAACUUCAAAGGUAACCGGGGUGGGUCCCCGAAGCUGGCUUUUAUGGUUUGGAGGUGCACAAUCACCGGCUGGAAAGUCAAUCCAAAGGAAUCCUGACCUCACACAUGAUGCAAGCCCAGGAGGGUUAAAACAUCAACACUCUCCGCAUAACAACUUAUUUGGCAGGAGCUGCUCGCCUGCAAGUCGCCGCGCAUCCUGCCACUCGUUAUAUUAUAUUGCGGGACUUCGCCAUGGCAAGCAACACGGGCUUCCGGAUCCUGCUCAUCCACAUCUUUCUAGUGGGAGCUGGUGGAGUGAGGAUCAAGGAAGGGGAGCCGAAGGUCAUCUACCUGCCCAAAGGGGAGUCCAUCAAGCUGGGGUGUCCUUUUGCGUCCGACCCGGAAGACAACACUCCCGAAAACGACUGGGACAUCGAGUGGAAGCAGGUGAAGCCGGGCCCCUACCCCCAGGACAAGCAGCUCCUCGGUUACCACGAUCACCGGAUCACCUACCCGGGGCCUCCGGAUCUCCAGCAGCGGGUGGGCUUUGCCUCCCCGGACCCCAGCCUCUAUGACGCCUCCAUGCAGCUGCAGAACGUGCAGAUCGCCGACUCGGCCACGUACGAGUGCACGGUCAAGAAGACCACGGAAGCCAGCCACAAAGUCACCAUCACCGUGCAAGAAAGGCCGGCGGCUCCGCAGUGCUGGAUUAUGGGAGAUGUUGCCUACGGGCAGGACAUCAUCCUACGCUGCUCGGCCACGGUGGGCUCCCAGCCCCUCAGCUACCACUGGUCUAUACUGGGCGGACAGCCCUUCAUAGACAGGAUUCCCGGGGGAUCUAUGGGUUCCAUGCCGGGCGACUUCCACAUCUACGGCUUGUGUGAAGACCACGUGGGGACCUAUCAGUGCAAAGUGGGCAACAACGUGGGCGUUGCCUAUUGCUCGGUCGAUAUCGGCUUCGACAGAGGUUUCUACUACGACUGGCUGGUCGGAGGGUCGGUCACCAUCUGCCUCCUGGCCGCGGCCCUCAUCGCGGGGGGAGUGACGUGGUGCUGCUGCUGUUGCCGCAACCAACGUUGUUGUCCGUGCGGCGGCGGCUGUUGCGGGAAAGAGAGUUGCUGGGACUGCUGUUGCUCUUCCUGUUGCUCCGGCGGUCAGGACAUCAAGCAGGAGUGUGUGCAGACCAAGGGCAACGACAUCUGCGUGGAUGCCGAUGCUCCUCCGAGCCGGCCCUGCAGCCAGGCCUUGAGCCAGACGGGCAGCCUCCACUCUAUACUGGGAUACCAGUUCCGGACCGGCCACCGACCCCCCGGCUGCAAGUAUCUCCCUCCCAUCGUCCAGGUCAAGAUGGCCAAUCCUCUCUCUCCUCCCGACAGCGACCUGGAACCCUCCUCUCUGCCCAGUUCGGAGCAAGAGCCGCUCACCUCCAAAUGGCGAGAUCCGUAUUCCCCCGCCGAUAACUCCAUCCAGUACACCAAGGGCAAGAACCACAGCGGCCAGUCUCAGGCUUACUCCAGCUUACACAAUUUCGACAGCCCCGCUUCGGAGCCCGGCUGCGUCCGCUGGAAGGAUGGGAGCACCAAGCGUUACAAGAGUGCCAUGGUCAUGAUGCAGGCCUCCACCAAGGAAGGCCUUUUGAUAUGAAGCCGGUUGGGACAUUGAGUGACGAGGGUCAUAAUAUGCCCAACACUUGUCUUCGCUGGGAAACAUGUACGACUUCGUACCUUUCUCCUGCAAUGGUUUUAUUUUUCAUCUCAUACUGAAGAACGUAGUCAUUUCGGUUCUGCAAAGUUCUGUAACUGGGCUAAAUUAAUACCCUGUUUCCCCGAAAAUAAGACCUAGUAGAGGUUUUGCUGAAUUGCUAAAUAAAAGGCCUCCCCUGAAAGUAAGACCUAGCAAAAUUUUUCUUUGGAAGCAUGUCCACCAAAAAGUACAAUGUCGAAGAGAUAAACAAACACUAUAAAGGUUCAAAACAUAAAAAGAGGUACAGUAGAGUCUCACCUAUCCAAGCCUUACUUAUCCAAGGUUCUGGAUUAUCCAAUGCAUUUUUGUAGUCAAUGUUUUCAAUACAUCGUGAUAUUUUGGUGUUAAAUUUGUAAAUACAGUAAUUACAACAUAACAUUACUGCGUGUUGAACUACUUUUUCUGUCAAAUUUGUUGUAUAACAUGAUGUUUUGGUGAUUAAUUUGUAAAAUCAUAACCUAAUUCGAUGUUUAAUAGGCUUCUCCUUAAUCUCCUUAAAAAUUUACGAUUUUAGCACCAAAAUAUUACGAUGUAUUGAAAACAUUGACUACAAAAAUGCCUUGGAUAAUCCAGAAUGUUGAAUAAGCGAGUCUUGAAUAAGUGAGACUCUACUGUAUAUAUAACAUCAUAUAUAUAUGAAUAUUAUAUAUAACAUCAUAUGUAUAAUUAUAUAUAUAAGUGAGACUCUACUGUACCUCUUUUUAUGUUUUGAACAUUUAUAGUGUUUGCUUAUCUCUUCGACAUUGUUUAGUUUAGACAUCUGUGUGUAUUUAUCAUUACCACCAAAAAGAACACCAGAGCAUGCAGGAUCGGUAAAUGUACGUACUAUAGAUUGUUGUACAUGGAAAUAAUAACAGGAAACUCCUGAUAGGAUUCACAGUUUGUCUGGUCAUGCUGGUUUGUGGUGACAACUACUGUACAGUAUAUAAUAAAUGUUCGUUUUUUUGUUCAACAAUAAAUGUGAAUUCUUCUUCAUGGAAAAGUAAGACAUCCCCUGAAAACAAGACCUAGUACAUCUUUGGGAGCAAAAAUUAAUAUAAGACACUGUCUUAUUUUCGGGGAAACAGGGUAGUUCUAGUAUCGUUGACGACAAAAAGGCGAUUAGAAAAAGAUGAAAUCGUUCUCACCACCGGGAAAUGCUUCCUAAUAUAUUUUCCCAUAGAUGGAAACCUCUGUGUUGUGAUAUACCAGGUUCAGUAUGUGGAUGACAUAUUUCAGUAUAUCGACGAUUGGCUCAUAGCAUCCUUAUGUAUAUGGACGAUAUACUCAUAGCAUUGGCAUGGGUCAACUUGGGCCUUCCCUCCAGGUGUUUUGGACUUCAACU